UGCGCUCUGCAUGGGAACACUUUCAUUUCUGCUUGUGUUACGUUGCUGGUGAGACGCCAAUCCAUUUCUAGUACUUGCGGAAACCUUGACUUUAGGACAAAAUGGGGCUGCCGCGGCUAGAAAGGUGUUGCUUUGUGUUUGAGCUGAAAACAGGGAACAUCAUAAUAGGAUGCAUCAACGGGGUGCUGACCUUCGUGAUGCUGGUCAUCAUGAUCGUUGAGGCGUCGAUGUUCGGCGUACUGCAGAACCAGGUGACCGGGCUCGACCCUGAGGAGCAGGCGGCGCUUACCGGCCUCUACGUGAUGAGCAUCAUCCUGGUGCUCAUGUUCCUCGCCAAGUUCCUGUUUGACGUCAUGUUUGUUUAUGGCGUAGUUACGGAGCGUGCGGGUAUCAUCAAGGCUUACUUCAUCACGUGGACAGUAUUCUUCUUGCUGUCGAUGUUUAUAUUCUUCCUGAACUGCCCCAAGUACUCUGCAGGAACUGUGUGUACUGAGCUCGUCUAUAUUGGGCUAAAUGUCUAUUCCAUACUACUUGGCUACAGUUUCUACAAACAACUCAAUAACAGAGAAGAGGUUUAAAUGUAUUUGAUAACAGAUGGCGUUGAAAUAAACCUAAA